GCGUCAAACGUCAGGAAAUGUGCCCGUGGAGGCUGGUGGCCGCUCUCAGGUUUUUCUCCGUGAUUUGCGGACAAAUUUAUUAAAUCUACCUUUUUCAAUUCUCGUCUUACGCCGGGCCUCUCCGGGACCUGGGGCUUUUCCAAAUCUUCCGACAUUUUCGCAGCGUUGUUCAAUUUCAAAUCGGUGGAAAUGUAGAAAAGUGCUCGCAGCGCCAAAAUGCCCAACCCUGCUGAUAUGACAGAGGAAGAUGCAGCGGAUCUACAAUUUCCAAAAGACUACUUGUUAAGUCCAACAGACAGGUUCGAACGCGAUGUAUCAGUCUCAAAGGAAGAAAUUCUUACCUCGGGCUCAGUGUGUCACGUGUGCAGGUUGACUCUCGUCGAGCCGUACGUUCGUUGCGCCGUGUGCCCCAACGUUGAGAUGUGUCCAUCUUGCUUUGCAAACGGUUGCGAAAUCAACGAGCACAAGAACGAUCACGACUAUGUGAUUAUAAAGAACGAUUUUCCCUUGACCAACAAUAAUAGCAGUUGGAUCGCCAAGCAGGAGCUCGAGCUGCUCAACAUUGUGGAGCAAUGUGGCUUCGGGAAUUGGACGGAUGUGGCACGUAGAAUGCAAGGGAAGUCCGCCGAGGAGUGCAAGACACAUUAUCUGCAGAAUUAUAUAGACGGUCAAGCACUGCCGGAUCUGCCGAAGAUCAAGGAGACCAGAGCCAGCUUAUUCGGCUGCGAGAUUAUCCCUUACAUGUAUAAGUUGCACGAUGUGGAGGAGCCACCCAGAUUCGACACGAAUACAAUAAAUGCCAAGUUAUUGGCUGGCUACAACGCGGCUAGAUCCAGUUUCGACGUGAAUUUCGACAAUGACGCGGAAUUGCUCGUGUGCGACCUCGAGUAUGAUGAGUUCCAACCGCACGACAACGAGCACGAGCUGGGACGAGCUCUACAAGCAGCUCUGGCCCAGGCGUAUAAUAACAGACUGAAAGAACGCGCGCGGAGACGGGGAAUCAUCCGCAAACACGGCUUGAUCGCCUUUCGCAGGGUGAUAUCGUGGAUUCAGAGGUACGAGAGCACGAUAACAAGACCUAUCGCGGAAAGGCUAUUGAUAUUUAUGCAACUGAUGGACGGAAUCGAGUUUGAUUCUCUCAUGGAGGGUCUGCACUACGUCGGCGAGCUAAAGAAUCGUAUCAACAAGCUGCUGGAGUUCAGGCAAAACGGCCUCAAGUACUUUCACAGCGUGCCCAUGUUCCAGAACCUGAGCAAGCUAAGACAAGAGAGCGAACGGGAGAGAAAGCAAUACAUGAAUAAUCCGGAAUACAGCUGGAAAAGUCUACUGCCGGAUGGCAGCGCCAGCAGCUCGAUUCCCGGAAGUACGCAACGCAAAACCGCACCUCCUCUCAUCGUGAAAGGUCUACCGGGAUACGAGAAACUGAGCACCGAAGAGAUAGAACUUUGCUCCGUCGCACGAGUGAUACCUGCUAGUUACUUAGACUUUAAGCAUCUUCUCAUAACGGAAAACAAGAAAUGCGGUUAUCUGAGAUUGGCACAGGCACGCGUACUCUUGAAAAUCGAUGUGAAUAAAACGCGAAAGAUAUAUGACUUCUUGAUGGAAAAGGGCUACAUCACUAAGCCUCCUCAAUGAUUUGUUUUCCUAAACAGCCGAAACAAGUCAUACAAAGUGUGAUUGAUACUUUUGUACUAAUACUCUGUGAUAUCACAUCAGAAGUGUUGUGCAGAAGCAUGCAAUUGUUAUGUAGAUUAUAAGUUUCUCAGAAAAAAGAAAUUUAACAUUCCUGUAUUGUCAAAUUUUAUACAUUUUCUUGUCCUUAAAUGUUUUCUUACUUCUUGCAAAUUAACGAAAAUUCUGUCAUUAUAUAGAAAAUAUAAAUCUACUAAUAAUAUACAAAUGUACUAAUUAUAUUUUACAGUUUUUUAAAUAUUUUUAGAUUUUUAAUUGUUAAAUAAAGUUAUCUUGCGAGAAGUAAUACAAAUUUUAUCAGAGAUACGUUUACAUGCGAUCAAAAAAAACUACUAUAUCAAGUUUUUGUAUCUGGAUAAAUAAAGAAGAUGACGAAUGUACACUCAUAUCAAUUAUACAGAA